AUGUCUCCCAUGGCCUCUUCCGUCGUGCCAAGGGCAAGCCUUUUGGGCCUUCCUUUGGAGCUGCGCGACCAAAUCUAUUACUACUACUUCAAGGCAGAUGGCGGCUACGUCUCAGAUGGCGACAAGCUGCUCCAGGCCAGUGGCCAGACUGUUCAGAUAUCGCUGAUAUUAGCAUGUCGCUCCAUCGCCUCCGAGACGCGGCAUCUCCCGUUCACUCUCAACCCAAUCACCUUUUCGACGGAGCCCAGUCCUGAGUAUUCUCAAUACAUGCCCAUUGUGAUGGAAGAAGUUGCAGAGUUCAUCAGGAUCUGGGACCGACGUACUGAGCUUUCUACCGAAGUGAGAAACUCUCGCGCCUUUGUUGAUGCUCAACAAUUUAGAGAUGGUGCUGGAUCUAGAGUUGGGGUCCCCUCAAUAAGAUUACGAGGAGAUGACAGCACGGUGGCAUUGAAGCGCACGAGGUCCUACCUAUUACGACAACUUGCAGACAAGCACCCCGCAGAAUUCUCCCAGGCUAUCGAAGAAAUCUUGCCGGGGUGGAAUGAUUCGUAUUCAAUUGAUGAAUUCUUCAAUCUCGGGUUCGAUUCAUGGGCGAUGCCUACUCGGUCUGAAGUCAGAAGGAUGGCGAAUCUAAUGCAGAACACCAAGUACUGGCAGAACGGGGAUGCGUGGUACUAUUUACACUAUGGCAAUCCAGGCUAUAAUGGCCCAAAAUAUCGUUACAAACGAAAGUAUUGGUUCUCGGCUGCCGCUCAAGCAAUCAGGUUCCUCGGGCUGCUUUCUCGACAACAGCGCCUUUUGAUAUCUAAGCUAAUCCUCAAUGAAGAUCGACCUGCAGCUGCCUUUCCUGAGUCUCAUAUGAUAGGCAUGGUUCCUUUUUGUCUAGAAAAUCCGAAGCUCCAUGUUGAGCAUCGUCUAAAUCUUUGGCGAAAUAUCCUUGCCAGAGGCGAUGACUACAGAAUCCGAUCUCUUACGUCCCAUAUUGAAGCUCCCCCUCUGGUUUUCGAUGAUACUCCAGAUUUGCAUCAGAUAGUACCCGGAGAUAUAGGGGAAGCCUUUACCAGAUUCAUUCUGCAUCUAUUGGAGGCCAUGAAAGAAGGGUUGCCUUCAGACUCAUAUUCCCUUAUUGUCAGCGGCUAUCCUGGUCUGGAUCGUGCCACCGAGGUCUUUUCUGCAUCUAUGAAACCUUAUAUUGCCUGGCUCACGGCUAACAUGACGGAUUGUAUCGCCUACCGCCUGGUCGCCCCAUCCAGCCACCACGAAUAUCCAUUUCCCACCAGGAACUCAACCGGAGGAGUCGCUCCUGUGAGCGAGAGGAGUGCCAUAAUCCAGUGCGACUUCACUCUCGACCAGCCUUGGGACUGGGAAAAGAUUUAUGAUGAAUCCGAAGUGUCUACAGUCUCGACUCUAGACCGUUUAUCGAUCUUUAGUAUGGGCCACAGCGAUGACUUCCUCGACGUUACCACUGAUGUGCUUGAUUGGGAAAGUAUCUUGAGGGAAAGCUAUGAGAUGGAGGAACUUUCAGAGGGGCUUUUUGCAGAGCCCUACAAUGAUCGUUACUUGGCAUGA